CCACCUCUGUGGGAUAUGACUUCUUCUUUUUGCAGCUGAGCGAACCUUUUCCAGCCGUUUUGUAGCUAACUAAAUAAAGAGAUACCGCUGCGCGUCGGGUCGCGGCACCACCGCUGCCAUCAUGUCGGGCACAGCGACUGUGCUGCAACAGUUCGUGAGCGGCCUGAAGAGUCGCAACGAGGACACCCGCGCCAAAGCAGCAAAGGACCUUCUUCACUAUGUGACAACAGAGCUAAGAGAACUCAGCCAAGAUGAAGCCACCACUUUCUAUGAUGAGUUAAAUCACCAUAUAUUUGAGCUGGUCUCCAGCUCUGAUGUGAGUGAGAAGAAAGGUGGAAUUCUUGCCAUAGUGAGCCUCAUCGGUGUGGAAGGAGGCAAUGCCAACAGGAUCAGUCGCUUCGCAAACUACCUACGCAACUUGCUGCCCUCCAGCGACCCGGUGGUCAUGGAGAUGUCAUCCAAAGCCAUGGGCCACUUGUCCAUGGCAGGGGACACCUUCACUGCCGAGUAUGUGGAGUUCGAGGUGAAAAGGGCUCUGGAGUGGCUGGGUGCGGAUAGGAAUGAGGGCAGGCGCCAUGCAGCGGUGCUGGUGCUGAGGGAGCUGGCGGUCAGCGCGCCCACCUUCUUCUUCCAGCAGGUGCAGUCCUUCUUCGACAACAUCUUCUAUGCGGUGUGGGACUCCAAACAGGCCAUCCGCGAGGGGGCCGUGUCCGCCCUCAGGGCCUGCCUCAUCCUCACCACCCAGAGAGAGACCAAAGAGAUGCAGAAGCCGCAGUGGUACAAGCAAACGUUUGAGGAGGCGGAGAAGGGUUUUGAUGAGAGCCUGGCCAAGGAGAAGGGGAUGAACAGGGACGACCGCGUCCACGGGGCCCUCCUCAUCCUCAAUGAGCUGGUCCGCAUCAGCAGCAUGGAGGGAGAGCGGAUGCGCGAGGAGAUGGAGGAGAUCACGCAGCAGCAGCUGGUGCACGACAAGUACUGCAAGGAGCUGAUGGGCUUCGGCACCAAGCCGCGCCACAUCACGCCCUUCACCAGCUUCCAGUCGGUGCAGCCGCAGCAGUCCAACGCGCUGCUGGGCCUGCUGGGCUACAGCACGCCGCAGGGCUUCCUCAGCUUCGGGGCCGCACCCGUCGUCACCAAGAACACCCUGGUGGAGAGCCGCUACUGCCGCGAGCUCAUGGAGGAACGCUUUGACCAGGUGUGUCGCUGGGUGCUGAAGUACAGGACCAGUAAGAACCCCCUCAUCCAGAUGACCAUUCUCAACCUGCUGCCACGCCUCGCUGCCUUCCAGCCAAACACUUUCACCGACCAGUAUCUGUCGGACACCAUGGGCCACCUGCUGGGCUGCCUGAAGAAGGAGAGGGAGCGCACGGCUGCCUUCCAGGCCCUGGGGCUGCUGGUGGUGGCCGUUCGCACGGAGAUCCAGCCCUACCUCACCAAGAUCCUUGAGAUCAUCAAAGCUGCUCUACCCCCCAAGGACUUUGCCCACAAGAGACAAAAGACCAUGCAAGUGGAUGCCACAGUGUUCACCUGCAUCAGCAUGCUGUCCAGAGCCAUGGGCCCUUCCAUCCAGCAGGACAUCAAGGAGCUGCUGGAGCCCAUGCUGGCUGUGGGACUAAGCCCGGCGCUGACGGCGGUGCUGUAUGACCUGAGCCGGCAGAUCCCGCAGCUGAAGAAGGACAUCCAGGACGGGCUGCUGAAGAUGCUGUCGCUGGUGCUGAUGCACAAGCCCCUGCGCCACCCGGGCAUGCCCAAGGGCCUGGCGCACCAGCUGGCCUCCCCCAGCCUCACCAACAUUCCCGAGGCCAGCGACGUGGGCAGCAUCACCCUGGCCCUGCGCACCCUCGGCAGCUUCGAGUUCGAAGGACAUUCCCUGACCCAGUUUGUGCGUCACUGCGCGGACCACUUCCUGAACAGCGAGCACAAGGAGAUCCGCAUGGAGGCGGCGCGCACCUGCUCGCGCCUGCUGACGCCCUCCAUCCACCUGAUCAGCGGCCACGGCCACGUGGUCAGCCAGACCGCCGUGCAGGUGGUGGCCGACGUGCUCAGCAAGCUUCUGGUGGUCGGCAUCACUGACCCAGACCCUGACAUCCGCUACUGCGUGCUAGCGUCUCUGGACGAGCGCUUCGAUGCCCACCUGGCGCAGGCGGAGAACCUGCAGGCGCUCUUCGUGGCCCUGAACGACGAGGUGUUUGAGAUCCGCGAGCUGGCCAUCUGCACCAUCGGCCGCCUCAGCAGCAUGAACCCCGCCUUCGUCAUGCCCUUCCUGCGCAAGAUGCUCAUUCAGAUCCUGACGGAGCUGGAGCACAGUGGAGUGGGGCGGAACAAGGAGCAGAGUGCCCGCAUGCUGGGCCACCUGGUGUCCAACGCCCCCCGCCUCAUACGGCCCUACAUGGAGCCCAUCCUCAAGGCUCUCAUCUUGAAGCUGAAGGAUCCUGACCCCAACCCUGGAGUGGUCAUCAGCGUGCUGGCUACCAUUGGGGAGCUGGCACAGGUGAGCGGCCUGGAGAUGAGGAAGUGGAUGGAUGAGCUGUUCCCCAUCAUCAUGGACAUGCUCCAGGACUCCUCCUCAUUGGCCAAGAGACAGGUGGCGCUGUGGACCCUGGGUCAGCAGGUGGCCAGCACGGGGUAUGUGGUGGAGCCCUACAGGAAGUACCCCUCGCUGCUGGAGGUGCUGCUCAACUUCCUCAAGACAGAGCAGAACCAAGGCAUCAGGAGAGAGGCUAUCCGAGUGCUCGGGCUCCUGGGAGCUCUCGACCCGUACAAACACAAGGUCAACAUCGGCAUGAUCGACCAAUCCCGUGACGCCUCAGCAGUCAGCCUCUCGGAAUCGAAAUCCAGCCAGGACUCAGCUGAUUACAGUACAAGUGAGAUGCUGGUGAACAUGGGCAACCUCCCGCUGGACGAGUUCUACCCGGCGGUGGCCAUCGUGACUCUGAUGCGCAUCCUGCGCGACCCCUCGCUGUCCAACCACCACACCAUGGUGGUGCAGGCCGUCACCUUCAUCUUCAAGUCGCUGGGGCUCAAGUGCGUGCAGUUCCUGCCGCAGGUCAUGCCCACCUUCCUCAACGUCAUCCGCGUCUGUGACGCCAGCAUACGAGAGUUCCUGUUCCAGCAGAUGGGAAUGGUGGUGUGCUUCGUCAAGAUCCACAUCCGGCCGUAUAUGGACGAUAUCUUCACCCUCAUCAGAGAGUACUGGACACCCAACAACCCCAUGCAGAACACCAUCAUCCUUCUGAUAGAGCAGAUUGUGGUGGCCUUGGGAGGCGAGUUCAAGCUCUACCUGCCCCAGCUCAUCCCACACAUGCUGCGCGUCUUCAUGCAUGACAACAGCACGGGCCGAAGCGUCACCAUCAAGCUCCUAAAUGCCAUCCAGCUCUUUGGUGCCAACCUGGACGACUACCUCCAUCUGCUGCUGCCACCCAUAGUCAAGCUGUUCGACGCACCGGAUGUUCCCUUACAGGCCCGCAAGGUUGCCUUGGAAACCUUGGACAGACUGACCGAGUCCCUGGACUUCACAGACUACGCCUCGCGCAUCAUCCACCCCAUAGUGCGCACCCUGGACAACACCCCAGAGCUGCGCCCCACAGCCAUGGACACCCUGUCCUCAUUGGUCUUCCAGCUCGGGAAGAAGUACCAGAUCUUCAUCCCCAUGGUGAACAAGGUGAUGCUGAAGCACCGCAUCAACCAUCAGCGCUACGACGUCCUCAUCUGUCGCAUCGUCAAGGGCUACACGCUGGCUGAGGAGGAGGAGGACCCACUGAUCUUCCAGCACCGCUCGCUGCGGAGUAACCAGGGCGACGCGCUGGUCAGCGGCCCCGUGGAAUCAGGACCCAUGAAGAAGCUACACGUCAGCACCACAGCCCUGCAGAAGGCCUGGGGCGCUGCCAGGAAGGUGUCCAAGGACGACUGGUUGGAGUGGCUGCGGCGUCUGAGCGUGGUGCUGCUGAAGGAGUCCUCCUCGCCCGCCCUGCGCUCAUGCUGGUCCCUGGCCCAGACGUACAUCCCCCUCGCCAGGGACCUGUUCAACGCUGCCUUCCUGUCCUGCUGGUCGGAGCUGAGUGAGGACCAGCAGGACGAGCUGAUCCGCAGCAUCGAGCUGGCUCUCACCUCGCAGGACAUCGCAGAGGUCACGCAGACACUCCUCAACCUGGCUGAGUUCAUGGAGCACAGCGACAAGGGCCCAUUGCCUCUGAGAGACGACAACGGUAUUGUGCUGCUGGGAGAGAGGGCUGCGAAGUGUCGUGCCUACGCCAAGGCCCUGCACUACAAGGAGCUGGAGUUCCAGAAGGGUGCCUCCCCUCUCAUCCUGGAGUCUCUCAUCAGCAUCAACAACAAGCUGCAGCAGCCAGAGGCAGCAUCAGGGGUGCUGGAAUAUGCCAUGAAGCACUUCGGAGAACUGGAAAUCCAGGCCACGUGGUACGAGAAGCUGCACGAGUGGGAGGACGCCCUGGUGGCCUAUGACAAGAAGAUCGACCUCAACAAGGAGGACCCAGAGCUCAUCCUGGGCCGCAUGCGAUGUCUGGAGGCUCUGGGGGAGUGGGGGCAGCUCCACCAGCAGUGCUGUGAGGAGUGGACUCUGGUGAGUGAGGAGACUCAGGCCAAGAUGGCUCGAAUGGCUGCUGCUGCCGCUUGGGGCCUGGGCCACUGGGACAGCAUGGAGGAGUACACCUGCAUGAUCCCCCGCGACACCCAUGACGGCGCCUUCUACAGGGCGGUGCUGGCACUGCACCAGGACCUCUUCUCCCUCGCCCAGCAGUGUAUUGACAAGGCCAGAGACCUCCUGGAUGCAGAGCUGACUGCCAUGGCUGGGGAGAGCUACAGUCGUGCGUACGGGGCCAUGGUGUCGUGCCAGAUGCUUUCAGAGCUGGAGGAGGUCAUCCAGUACAAGCUGGUGCCCGAGCGCAGAGACAUCAUCCGCGAGACCUGGUGGGAGAGGCUACAGGGCUGCCAGAGGAUAGUGGAGGACUGGCAGAGGAUCCUGAUGGUGCGCUCGCUGGUCAUCAUCCCCCACGAAGACAUGCGCACCUGGCUCAAGUACGCCAGCCUCUGUGGCAAGAGCGGACGUCUGGCCCUGGCCCAUAAGACCCUGGUGCUCCUGUUGGGAGUGGACCCUUCCAAGCAGCUGGACCAUCCACUGCCCACAGCGCACCCCCACGUCACCUACGCCUACAUGAAGUACAUGUGGAAGAGCGCCCGCAAGAUCGAUGCGUUCCAGCACAUGCAGCACUUUGUGCAGGGCAUGCAGCAGCAGGCUCAGCACGCCAUCGCAGCAGAGGACCAGCAGCACAAGCUGGAGCUGCACAAACUCAUGGCCAGGUGUUUCCUAAAGCUGGGAGAGUGGCAGUUGAGUCUUCAGGGCAUCAAUGAGAGCACCAUCCCCAAAGUGCUGCAGUAUUACAGCCACUCCACCGAGCACGACCGCACCUGGUACAAGGCGUGGCACGCAUGGGCGGUGAUGAACUUUGAGGCGGUGCUGCACUACAAGCACCAGAACCAGGGCCUGAAGCUGCGGCACGCCAGCGGGGCCAGCGCCACCUCCGAGGCCAGCAACAGUGACAGCGAGGCCGACAGUGCUGACCACAGCCCCUCACCUGGACAGAAGAAAGUCAAUGAGGAUCUGUCCAAGACGCUGCUGCUGUAUACGGUGCCUGCAGUGCAGGGCUUCUUCCGAUCCAUCGCCCUCUCCCGCGGGAACAACCUCCAGGACACACUCAGGGUGCUGACGCUGUGGUUUGACUAUGGCCACUGGCCCGAGGUGAACGAGGCCCUGGUGGAGGGCAUCAAGACUAUUCAGAUCGACACCUGGCUGCAGGUGAUUCCUCAGUUGAUUGCUCGUAUUGACACGCCGAGAGCUCUAGUUGGCCGUCUCAUCCACCAGCUGCUCACAGACAUCGGACGCUACCACCCACAGGCCCUGAUCUACCCGCUGACCGUGGCCUCCAAGUCCACCACCACGGCCCGCCACAACGCUGCAAAUAAAAUCCUCAAGAACAUGUGCGAGCACUGCAACGCUUUAGUCCAGCAGGCCAUUAUGGUGAGUGAGGAGCUUAUCCGCGUGGCCAUCCUGUGGCAUGAGAUGUGGCAUGAGGGCCUGGAGGAGGCGUCACGCCUCUACUUCGGGGAGCACAACGUGAAGGGCAUGUUCGCCGUACUGGAGCCCCUCCACGCCAUGAUGGAGAGGGGACCACAGACACUCAAGGAGACCUCCUUCAACCAGGCGUACGGCAGGGACCUGAUGGAGGCUCAGGACUGGUGCCGGAAGUACAUGCGCUCCGGCAACGUGAAGGACCUGACCCAGGCCUGGGACCUGUACUACCACGUCUUCAGGAGGAUCUCAAAGCAGCUACCUCAGCUGACCUCUCUGGAGCUGCAGUACGUGUCUCCUAAGCUGCUGAUGUGCAGGGACCUGGAGCUGGCCGUGCCGGGCACCUACGACCCCAACCAGCCCAUCAUCCGCAUCCAGUCCAUCGCCCCCUCCCUGCAGGUCAUCACCUCCAAGCAGCGGCCUCGCAAACUCACCAUCAUGGGCAGCAACGGGCAUGAGUUCAUGUUCCUGCUGAAGGGCCACGAGGACCUGCGUCAGGACGAGAGGGUCAUGCAGCUCUUCGGCCUGGUCAACACGCUGCUGGCCAACGACCCCGCCUCCCUACGCAAGAAUCUCAGCAUCCAGCGCUACGCUGUGAUACCUCUGUCCACCAACUCUGGCCUGAUUGGCUGGGUGCCCCACUGCGACACACUGCACGCGCUCAUUAGAGACUACAGAGAGAAGAAGAAGAUCCUGCUCAACAUCGAGCACCGCAUCAUGCUCAGGAUGGCCCCAGACUACGACCACCUGACCCUAAUGGAGAAGGUGGAGGUGUUUGAGCAUGCCGUCAACAACACUGCAGGAGACGACCUCGCCAAGCUGCUCUGGCUCAAGAGUCCCAGCUCAGAGGUUUGGUUUGACAGGCGGACAAACUACACCCGUUCCUUAGCUGUCAUGUCCAUGGUGGGAUACAUCCUGGGACUGGGAGACAGGCAUCCAUCAAAUCUUAUGUUGGAUAGGUUAAGUGGAAAGAUCCUCCAUAUCGACUUUGGUGAUUGCUUUGAAGUUGCCAUGACUCGGGAGAAAUUCCCAGAGAAAAUCCCAUUCCGACUGACAAGAAUGCUGACUAAUGCCAUGGAGGUGACAGGCCUGGAUGGCAACUACAGAAUCACGUGUCACACGGUGAUGGAGGUGCUGAGGGAGCACAGGGACAGUGUCAUGGCUGUACUGGAGGCGUUUGUCUACGACCCCUUACUCAACUGGAGGCUGAUGGACAUAGCCAACACGAAAGGAAACAAGCGUUCCAGGAACAGGACGGACUCCUAUUCUGCUGGACAAUCCGUGGAGGCCCUGGACGGCAUUGACAUUGGCGAGGCCUCUCACAAGAAGCCAGGAACCACCGUGCCUGAGUCCAUCCACUCCUUCAUCGGUGACGGCCUUGUGCAGCCCGAGGCCCUGAACAAGAAAGCCAUCCAGAUCAUCAACAGGGUGCGGGAUAAACUGACUGGUCGGGAUUUUUCACACGAUGAGACCUUGGAUGUACCGACCCAGGUGGAGCUUCUAAUCAAGCAAGCGACGUCGCAUGAGAACUUGUGCCAAUGCUACAUUGGAUGGUGUCCGUUCUGGUAGAGGAGCACCUGAACACAACCCCCUGCAUUGCAGUCCUUGUCCUAUGCUAAUAUUUCUACGGUGGCCAUGGGAGUUAGGUCUGGGGUAUGCUUGCUGUGAUAACCAUGUGCAAACGAGUGUACAUACUUUGUUCCGAACAUGGCCGACGGGGCAUGAAUAUUUUCCACCAUUGUUUGACUGUACAGCGACCUGAACAUGGAAGUUCAGAGGACCGCCCCUCGCGGUUGUGUCAGUAUUGCACCAUGCGCAAGCGUCUACGUACCUUGUGUCAGGUGUCCUACCACACGUAAAACUGACAGAAAAUGUGAAUAGCAACGCUUUUUCUUGCACAAAAAGCAUACCCCGGGCCUCAAUGAGAAAUGACUCUCGCUUUAUAGAAUAGCAAUGAUGUGUUGCAGACAUUUUGAAGUAUUUCUGGCUUUUAUUAAUAACUUAAUGUCUCAUAUCUGAAGGUUAGCUGAUGCACAAUAUAAAUUAAGAGACUUGAUGUCACAUGGUGGUGACAAUGAAUUAAUGAUGGGGAAACAUGAUUUUUGCUCAUCCACUGUUUCAUUUCUGGAGCCUUUCAGUGUUGUGCCAUACUACGUUACAAUAAAUGAUAAACAACAUUAUGGAAUAAAUUAAAUAAUUCACGAGGUCUUAUAAUUUGCUAAGACUGCACUGAAUGUAUUUGUAUCUAAUUUUGCGUGUCAGAAUUAAUAAAAUUGAGUAAAUGUUUCA